AUGUGGUCAGUGGUUCUGUUAUGGCUGAGCUGUGUCCCUGCAGGACUGCAGGCAGCUGCUGUCUACAGGAGAGAUGUUCCACACCAGAAGGUGGAGGUGUACAGUGUGACGCUGGACUGCACAGUCACCUCUCGCUUCGCUCACACCGUCAUGACGUCCAAGGCUCUGAACAAGGCCAACAGCUCUCAGGAAAUCUUCUUUGACGUGGAUCUGCCCAAGACCGCCUUCAUCACCAACUUCAGCAUGGAAAUAGAUGGUCAACUCUAUGUGGGAAAUGUGAAAGAGAAGGAAAAGGCCAAAAAACAAUAUGAUAAAGCCGUAUCUUCUGGACAGACAGCUGGUUUGGUCAAAGCUUCUGGGAGGAAAAUGGAGAAAUUUUCAGUGUCUGUCAAUAUCGCCGCUUUGAGCUCUGUCGUGUUCACUUUGACCUACGAGGAGCUUCUUCAGCGCAAACUGGGUCACUAUGAGAUCCUCACACGGGUUAAACCCCAGCAGCUCGUCCAGGAGUUUAAGAUUGUAGUCAACAUCUUUGAGCCUCAGGGUCUUGCUUUUGUUGAAGCAGAGGCCUCUUUCCUGACAAAUGACUUGCUCCUCCUGGUGGACAAAACCGUCACUGACAAAAAGGCUCAUAUUUCUUUCACACCGACCUUGGAACAGCAGAGAACUUGUCCAGGAUGUGAGGGAUCAAUAAUCGAUGGAGAUUUUAUUAUAAAAUAUGAUGUUAAACGAGAAAAGAGCUUGGGCGAAAUUCAAAUUUCUAAUGGAUACUUUGUGCACUUCUUUGCCCCUCCUGACCUCCCCAGAGUUCCUGUCAAUGUGGUGUUUGUCAUUGACAGAAGUGGUUCAAUGAGUGGAAUAAAGAUGCAACAGACAAAAGAAGCACUUAAGGCCAUUUUUGAUGACCUCCAUGAAGAGGACCACUUUGCUUUAAUAAUAUUUGAUAACAAGAUAAUAAAAUGGAGAAAAUACCUUUCAAAAGCAACACAGCAGAACAUCACUGCUGCCCAGUCCUUUGUAAAAAGGAUUAAGGACAAUGGCUCCACUGACGUCAACAGCGCUCUGCAGGAGGCUGUGAAAAUGUUGAAGAAUGGCCAUCGGAAAAACACUAUUCCAGAGAGAAGUACAGAUAUGAUCAUUUUGCUCACUGAUGGGAAUCCAAACUCUGGAGAGAGUAGCAUCCCUGUGAUACAGAAAAAUAUCCAGGCUGCCAUCGCUGGGAACAUGUCACUGUUUUGUCUUGGAUUUGGGAACGAUGUGGAUUAUUCUUUCCUUGAUGUGAUGGCGCGGGAGAAUUUGGGACUGGCUCGGAGGAUAUUUGAGGGCUCGGAUGCUGGUCUUCAAGUUCAGCAGUUGCAGUCCCCUCUCCUGCUGCCUGGAAACCUGGCAUAA